CUCCUGCUUUGGACCUCACUUUCUCGUCUUCUCAGAAUCUAUCACACCCACCUGUCUUGUCUUGUAGAGUAGAAAACACAAAGGAAAUGACCCUUCUUUCUUCUAAAACAGUGCCCGAAUGAACUCCCUACAGUGACUUCCUUUUACAUAUAGUUCAAUCACCACAACCAUACAAUUAUCACAAGUAGUAGUCUCUUGGCAGAUAUGGCUCGGCAGGAAGAAGGUUGGCCUCUGGGUUUGCAGCCCCUGAAUGCAAGAGUUGGGAUAGCUAGAAAUGGUGAUUUCUCUGGAUCAAGAUCAUUUAACACUUUAAUCACUGGUUCUCCAACUUCUUCAACAGAUUCUUCGUCAGAUCUGGACACCGAGUCUACAGGGUCUUUCUUCCAUGACAAGAGCAUUACGCUGGGGAGCCUUAUAGGUGUUUCCAACAUACUAGAGCUCUCAAGAAAAUCCACAAGGACAAGGAAAGUUGAAGUAGUAGAGGAGAAGAAGAGUUGCAAAUCCAAAACAUGGAUUUUCUCUUUAUGUUCAAGAGACACCACUGAUGCCAGAAGUGUGAAUAAUACUCCGUCUCUUGGCCAUUUUCUUGCUGUGGAGAGAAGAGCAGCUGAUGAAUUUAGAAGGAAUCACGGCCCUAUUAUUCAUGGACCUCAUGAUGAGCUUGAACUUGCUCAGCCUGUUACAGAACCCAACUCUCUAUUUGUUAAUGGCCAUGUUGCUCCUCCUACCCUAAAUCAAAGCUGCGGUGCCGGAGCUGAAAGGAGCGGAAAUGAAGAAUUGGAGCACUGUAGUGGUUAUGGAGUACCAGUUCUGUUUUCAUGCAUGUGUGGACAACCCUCUCUUUGAAUCACCUUCUCCUCACAAAAAAAUCCUAUUGUCUUCUAUUGAUGAUUGAAUUUUUCAAGUCCUGUGUAGAAAGCUAAGAGUGAAUAAUUUUUAUUGGUAUCAGGAGAAAAGGAAUCUAUUUCAUGAAUCCUGCCUCUGCACUCGAUCUCUUCUAGUCAAAUCCUAGUGCAGAGGGUUUUCCUUUUUUGUUUUGGUCAAGGUUAAUUCCAUUGUAAUUUAGCUUGAUUUAAUGAUUUCUUCCCGUAAAUAAUGCUAGCUAUAAAUUUUAUAUUA